AUGGCAAGUUCAAAAUGGCGAUGCCUUUUACUUCUGCUAAUAUUCGACACACUGUGCGCCUAUCUAGAGCCGAGAGAGAUACUAAGUCUUCGUGCCACGGCGAAAGAAUUUACCGUCCUGUAUCCGUCUAUCUGUUUCUCGCAAUUUAAUAUUAAACGGUUAAUUCGACGUUUUGUGCAAGACCCAGUCGCACUACGCUCUAAAUUAGGACAGUAUAACGCCCUCAUUUCCGGAAGUACGGCGCUUCAGUUGUUCGAAAGAGUUGUCUGGCGGGAUUCUGACUUGGACAUCUACGUUAAACGCGAAGAUGAAGAGGAUGUUCAGUCGGUUGUAGCUCUGCGUGAGCACUUAAUCAACUUCGAAGGCUACACAGUAUCUGUGAUUUUUGAUCCAGAGGAACCCAGCGAGAAAAGGAAGUCGAUUACUCAAAUUAUUACCUUGGUAAAAAGGAGGUAUGAAGAAAAUGAGGUCAAAGUACAGAUCAUUGGCACUACAACAAUUCCCCUGGAGGCCAUCAUAACAUCAGUUAACGCCUUAUUUUGGCAGCAAGUUGCAAAAUAUGCGCGUCGUGGCUGGAAGACAUUGGAGACAGUAUGGGAUGACGAUCAAGACUAUACCAAGUCCUUACCUCCUUCCGAAAAUAUGAACGCAAUCCGCCGCAUUGGUGACUCGAAGACUUGGAAAAUCGACCUUGAUACCACUGGAUUAACACCAGGAGCUCCGGCGUACUCUGUCGAGUACUCCUUCUUCAAAACAAGCCUCAGAGAAAAAGUUACAGGCACUCGGCGCAAAAUCACCAAGAAAUGGUACCAGGUCGACGCAAGUAUUUUCCAAUCAUGUGUUCUGAAAUACAAAUACCUAGCAACCCAAUACCAGCACCCCGACUGUACUUUUUGGUGGGAUCCAGCAGAUCGUCUAAAUGACCUAACCCGUAUCGAGUGCACAAAGCUCAAAGCUGACGAGCGACCGCUCAGUAUGAGCAGGUGUCAUAUAGACAAGUACUACAAGCAUGCGGACGCUGUGCAUAGAAAUACACCGGAGGGAUGGACAUUUUGGGAUGCGGAGAUACCUAAAUGGGAGGCUGCGUACGAGAAGAAGGCGAGGGAGAAAGGACUGAGGGACUGGUAA